AAAAAUAUAAAUAAUUACAAUUAUUAUCUUAUCAAAUCAAAUAAUCGAAACUACAAUUACAGCUCUACAUCAAUCUUCCUGUUCCUCGUGAACUGAUUCAGGAAUGCGUGUAUUUGGUGGCAUUAAAAAUGGCCUUGAAUUGCCUAAGAUAAAUGUUAACAAACAACAAGAGUCAAAUAACGGAAAGGAAGUUAAUUUAAACUUGAAACACUCAAAUACCAACAGCACAACAAGUGGCGGUGUAUCGAUGAAGAAUAGUAAACCAUUGAAAAAUUCAGCAAAGUGCACGCCGAAAAAAUCUGGCUUCACUAUGAAAAAUUCUGAUAAUCCGGACAAUACUCAUUCACAAACUAAACGUAAUGGAUUGAAUUUUGAACUUAGUUUGACUCCAAAAGGAAAAGAAAAUAAGAUCAACGGCGCUAAUAAUGGCGAAGAUUGGUCUCAGAAAACGAAAUCGAUUAGUCAAAAGCAAAAAAAUGGCGCUAAUAUAGCAUUCAACUUGAAUUUAGCUGUUAAUAUGGAUGAUGAUGCAAUCAAAAGCGAUAGCCACAACAUUGCCACAAACAGUAUUAAAAAGAUCGAAACGAAUAACAACAAUCCUACAAUGCUAUCAGAUUCAGGCAUCCUUGAUAUAACACCAAACAAAAUUGAUCAACCAUCAUCCAUUAAAGUGGCCGUUCGUAUGCGGCCAUUGGCUGACAAUGAAAAAACUGGAUCACAAAAAGAUGGCAAGAUAACAGAUGUAUUGAUGAAAGAUAAAAAGGUGAUGAUACCAUCAAAGAAAGAUUUAUUCGAAUUUGAUUAUUGUUUCGAUUCAUCAAAUCGUGAUUUGUUUAAUUAUGCAUCACAAGAAAUUGUAUUCCGUAAGAUGGGUCAACCAUUAUUGGACUAUGCCCAUCAAGGUUUUAAUGUCUGUUUGUUUGCUUAUGGCCAAUCUGGCAGUGGUAAAACAUACACAAUGUUGGGCACUGAAGAAAAUCCGGGCAUUACUCCUCGUUUUCUCAACGAUUUAUUCAAACGAAUUACCACUACGAAAAAAGAUAUUGAAUACAUUGUCAACGUUAGUUUCCUUGAAAUCUACAAUGAAAAAAUAAACGAUCUUCUUUCUGAUGAAUUUGAAAUGCUCGGUAAAAACUUACGUGUUCGUGAACAUCCUCAAACCGGUACAUAUGUUGAAGAUUUGACCGUUUUCACCGUAGAAAGUUAUGAAAAUGCUAUGGAAUUACUUAAAAAUGGUCUCGAUCGCCGAUCAACUGCGACAACUAAUUUGAAUGAAAAAAGUAGCCGAUCGCAUUCGAUUUUCAGCAUUAUUCUGGUUCAAAAUCGUCGAUUCGAUAGACAUAAUGAUGAUGAUGACAGUAGCGAUGAUAAUCCACGUACGACAGAAACUUCAUGCAUUUCUAAAAUAAAUCUGGUCGAUCUGGCUGGAAGUGAACGUGUGGGUAAUUUGAAUUCGGAUCGUUUCCGUGAAGGUACGAUGAUCAAUAAAUCGUUGUUAACGUUAGGCAAAGUCAUCUCACAAUUGGCUGAUAAUAGUAGUAGUCGUCAGAAUUCGACACAUCAUGCACAUGUCCCGUAUCGUGAUUCAGUGUUAACCUAUUUGCUAAGAGAUUCAUUGGGUGGCAAUUCUCGUACAUCGAUGAUCGCUACGAUUUCACCAGCUAAAAUUCAUUUGGAAGAAACAAUCAGUACCCUUCGUUAUGCAUCGAUUGCACAGAAGAUCAUUAAUAUUGUUCAUGUGAAUGAGGAUCCAAAAAUGAAAAUCAUCAAUACUCUAUUGAAACAAAUCAGUUUUCUCCGCAAAGAAGUUGAUCGUACACGUGAUUCAUCACCCAAUGAUAGCUAUAUGGAUAAUAAUCAAUGCGACUCCAAUAAUGGUACGAAUGGAAAUGACCAAGCUCAAAAUGAAGAUUGCAAUUGUGAUCAUGGAAACAAAAAGCUUCUUGAUCUCAAAAUACGCUUUAAAACCAUGACUAAAAAUGAGGAAGAAAUUCACAAAGAAACUAAAUAUAAAAAUCAAAAUCUUCUAAAAGAUUAUUCCAAUUUGAACAAGCUAAAGUUUGAACAUAACAUUGACAAUCUUCGAUCACUGAUCAAGACAGUCAAGAAAGAAGAUCAUUUGAAAGGAUUGAAAACAAUUGCGGAAUUUGAAUCCAGUAAUAAAGAAAUCAUUACAGAAAAAAAGACAACUACAAUAACCACUGAGUUACAAAGUAUCACAAAAAAACAUAACAAAAAAGACCAGAAGAAAGACGAUCAGUCAAAUUCCAGCAAAAUUGAAACCGAAGUUAAAGUCGACCAUAGUCAUUCUGGAAAUGAAACUGGUGAAUUGAUUGAUGAAGACAAGAAACAACAGCAAGGGGAUAAUGAUACAUUUCAUUCAUGUGAUCAAUCAUCCGAGAAUGAAUUGCUACAAUUAGCUACUGAAGAUAGCACUGCCAGUCAAGAUUUCAAAACGCUUGAUGAUGAUAGCAUCCAGAAAGAUGAAGACUUUGAAAAGUCUAGUAGUUCGGUAAAAAAAGAUGACCAAAUUAUUAAUGAUGACGUUAAAGGUGAUAUUAACAAUGAAAAGACUGGUAAAGAAAAAGCUAAAAAUUCGACUAGUAAUCUCAAAGAUGCUAAAAAUAAAGAUUCUGGUUCAGAUGCAGACGAUGAUUGGCAAAAUGAUAAAAAAGGUAAAAAAGGCAAAAAGAACAAACAGAAAGGGGCAAAAAGGUCGUCGAUAGAAUGGUGAAAAUAAUAAGCCAUUUAUAUUGAUAAUGAUUUCAACCAUGAAAAAAUCCUUUUUGUUAUAAAUUAUUUACGUUUUAUUCGAAUAAAUAUUUCUUAAUUAAAAGA